AGCCCGGCAUGCACCGCGGCACUGCUGUCGAAUCACAGCACGUAAAAAACCGGGAGCGGAAGUGUCUGUUUGUUGUCAUCGACUAGCAGCAUGUGCUAAACCACCUGCACGUAGUCUGCUUUAGAGAUGACGGCCCAGGAGGUACGUCUGUGUGGUCUUCUGCUGCAGGAGCAUUUUGGAGAGGUCGUGGAGAAAGUGGGAAGAAAUCUGCUCAAAAGUGGAACGCAAAACUUAAGAGCCAUCGUGCAUGAAACCGGCUUGUCAGUGGAUCUGGUAAAGAAGUCUGUGUGUGUUCUUCUGCAACAUGGAGCCUGUUCAUUCAUCCAAGGUCGGAAAGGACCGGGGAGCCCCACAGAAUAUCGAGCUCACUGCGACCGGAUGCUGAGAAUCCUGCGCUACCCGCGUUACAUUUACACAGCCAAAACGCUGUACGGCGACACGGGUGAGAUCAUCAUAGAGGAGCUGCUGCAGAGAGGUCACAUGACGAUGAGCAGCACAGUGAAGACGGUGGCAGACCGUUUAACUCAGAAUAUGGAGGAGGGGUCAAGCAUGGAUUAUGGUGAAGUGUCCACCACCUUUUCCAAACUGGUAGAGACUCAUUUUCUUCAGCGCUGUCCUCCAGCAGCAGGAGCGACAGGUGGAAGUCAGACUGCUGCUUUGACUCCUGCCGCUCCCGUCAGCAGCGCCGCGCCCACGCCGGAAAGCUUCCCCGACUGCUACACGGUUCCUCAGGUGAAACUCAUAGGCCGGGGCAAACGCCCGCUCGCCAGCGAGGAAGGAGAGGAUCAAAGAAAUGCAAAACGAGCAAAAAUGGACCCAGAGACUCACGGGGAUGAGGGGAUUUACUGGCAGGUGAACUUUGAGCGCUUCCACCAGUAUUUCAGGGAUCAGACAAUCAUCAGCGCUGUCGCCAACAAACUAGAUCAGACCAGCAGUGAAAUAGUGAGGACCAUGUUGAGGAUGAGUGAGGUCACGACCUCUUCUACAGCACCGUGCACAAAACCCCUCUCAGCCAAUGAGAUCUUCAGGUCCCUCCCUGCUACUUACAACAUCCCCCGCCACAUUUUGGACCAGUACCUUACCCUGCUGGUGGAUGACCCUAUGGAGUUUGUGGGGAAGGCUGGGGAGAGCGGAGGAGGAAUGUUUAUUGUCAAUCUGAACCGAGCUUUGGCUAACCUGGCACGCGCCACGCUGGAAUCCAUCGUACAGGAGAGGUUCGGCUCCAGAUCAGCGCGUAUUUUCCGUCUGUUGCUACGGAAACGUCAUCUGGAGCAAAAGCAAGUGGAGGAUUUUGCCAUGAUUCCAGCUAAAGAGGCUAAAGACAUGCUGUACACCCUGCUGUCACAGAACCUGGUCCAGCUUCAGGAAAUCCCCAAAACGCCAGACUUCGCUCCCUCUCGGACCUUCUAUCUUUACACCGUUAACCAGCUCCCCACUGCGAAAUUGCUGCUGCAGAACUGUUAUAAGACGGUGGCCAACCUUAUGGAGCGGCGGCUGUUUGAGGCCAAAGAAAGCAAGCGGCUUCUGGAGAAAUCGCAGCGAAUUGAAGCCAUUCUGGCGUCACUGCAGGCCAGCGGGGCCGAACCCGAACAGCUAACGGAGGUGGAAGAGAUGAUCACCGCUCCUGAAAGGCAACAACUGGACAGCUUAAGACUUCACGUGAACAAAUUAGAUUCAGCAGAGAAUCAAGUGGAUGAAACGAUCUUUCUUCUGGAGUCUUACAUAAGUUCUGCAACAAAAUCUACAAGUUGAGUCAGAUUUGGAAGAAUGACUAAUACCAAUUGUUUUUCUUAAAAAGCCUUUUUUGAGUUUGUUUUUUAGUGAUCUUUCUGGUCACAACAGUUUUAGACUCUACUGCAAAUUAUGUUUUGUUUGAAGUGGAUUUUUAUUCUGUAUAGUUAAUAAACACACAACAGAAGAAACAUUUUUCCAAAUGUUUUUUUUUAUUCCCAUCAUGAAACAAAAAGCUGUAAAACCUAGUGAACAUUUGAAAUAUAAAACCAUGAACAAGUCUGCAAGUUAAAUAAAAGAAGUGUGGUUUAAUACAUUUAA